AUGGUGAACGCGAAAGAUUUAUUGUUGCUAUUCGACCGACCCACGGAAUCUGUGGCGUUGUUGAAAGGAGGAAAGAAGAAGAAAAUGAUCAGUGUGCCACCAGAAUACUUGAAUGAGAAAUAUCAACCAUUCGCUUCCCAGAUCGUCAGCAGAUUCGGAGAAUCCGCUGAAGAAGAAGUGGUAGUCAAUCAGAUAUCCAUUCCCCCACUAGGAGAUAUCUUGGAAUUGAAAAGGGACCAGGCAUUUUCGUUAUUCAUCCCGAAACAUCAGCGGUUAGCUGGGAAACUUAUCGAUAUUUUCUUAGGUUUGCGGACCAAGGACGACCUGAUGGCAGUCGCUGUCUAUGCCCGUGAACGCGUCAAUCCCUACCUCUUCAUCUACGCCUUUUCUGUGGCCCUCCUCCACAGGGAAGACACCAAACACCUGAAUAUACCUUCUAUCGUCAGUAGUUUUCCCGAAAAGUUCGUUCAAAACCAAGUUAUCGGAGUGGCAAGACAGGAAGUUAGCGUUGUACCGGAAAAUCUACAGCAGUUGAGGAAUCCAGUUGAAAUACCGAAAGACUACACGGCCUCGGACUUGGAAGAAGAACAUCGUCUAGCCUACUUCAGAGAAGAUAUCGGCGUCAAUCUCCAUCACUGGCAUUGGCAUCUGGUAUACCCGACCACUGGAGCACCUGAAGUGGUGAAUAAAAAUAGAAGAGGAGAGCUGUUUUACUAUAUGCAUCAGCAAAUCAUAGCGAGAUACAACACAGAGAGAUUGUGCCACAAACUCAAACGUGUUGAGCGUUUGAUCGAUUGGGAUAGUCCCUUGAAAGAGGCUUACUUUCCGAAACUGGACAGAAUCGUUACCGGCCGAUCGUAUCCGGCAAGGGUAGCCAAUCAACGUAUGCAGAACCUCCGAAGGGAAAUAGACAACUCGUUUGUCGAUGUGGACGAUAUGAAGAGAUGGAGAGAUUUGAUCUACGGUGCCAUCAAUUCCGGACGAGUUAAAGAUAGAAACAAUAGGGACGUCGAACUAGAUGAGUUUGGAGGAAUCGACAUACUUGGCAACAUGGUAGAAGCAACAGAUCUUUCGAUCAACAGGCAAUUGUAUGGAAACUUGCAUAAUAUGGGACAUAAUAUCAUCGCUUUCAUCCACGAUCCAGAUGGCAGAAAUCUGGAAGAAAACGCAGUUUUGGGAGAUGUUGCAACAGCCAUGCGAGAUCCCAUUUUCUACAGAUGGCAUGCAUUCAUCGAUGAUUUGUUCCAUAGAUUCAAGGCUACACUACCGAGAUAUGCUGAAAAUCAGUUGAACUACCCCGGAAUACAAGUCCAAGACAUCCAGGUGCGUACGCAGGGUCGCGACGCCAACGUGCUCAGCACCUUCUGGCAGCAGUCUGACGUCAACAUCUCGCACGGGCUGGACUUCCAGACUCGCGGCAACGUCUUCGUGCGCUUCACUCAUCUGCAGCACGCCGAAUUCGAGUACCGGAUCACGGUGAACAACGGGUCCGGGGAGAACCGGAGAGGGACCUGCAGGAUAUUCAUGGCGCCCAAGGUGGACGAGCGAGGCAACCCGUGGCUGUUCAGGGACCAGAAGAAUAUGUUCAUCGAGCUGGAUAAGUUUACUGUGAAUUUACAACAAGGACGUAACGACAUAAUACGCUCAUCCACUCAGUCUUCGGUCACGAUUCCCUUCGAAAGGACCUACAGGGAUCUUUCCAACAUUGCUGACGAAGAACAAGACCAAUCGAGCUUUUGCGGUUGUGGAUGGCCUCAUAAUCUGCUGAUUCCCAUUGGCACCGCCGAAGGAUACGCUUGUCAGUUGUUCGUGAUGAUUUCCAACUAUGCCGAUGAUAGGGUGGACCAAUCCACAGAAGGCAUCUGUAACGAUGCCGACAGUUACUGCGGAAUCAAAGACAGGUUGUACCCCGAUCGUCGCUCCAUGGGGUAUCCCUUUGAUAGACAACCAAGGGAUGGUGUUGACACCCUGGCCCAAUUCCUGACACCAAACAUGAGGGUGAGGGACGUUACCGUUAGGUUCGAGAACAAGACGUUCAGAAGAACUCAGUGA